GAAGAAAGCAGCCAAACUGGGUGGGCUCUCUGUGUGCUGACUGCCUUUGUUUAUUCUGUAGAAAUUCAACUGAAUACAACUAUCGUUUCGCCGCCCCUCAACAUUAUCAAUUUUCGUUUUGCUUUCCUCUUUACUAAAAAAUACUACACCCCCCCAGGGUCUUUCUUGAUUUAUCAAACUACAAAAAAGAGAGAGAGAUGGGAAUUUCAUCAGAGAUGAGAGACUCUUGGGCAAAGCGAAGGGAAUCUUUGUUGAUUGCUUCUGCAUUUGAAGAGGAUAGAAUUCGCAAGUCUAGGGAAUGUACUCAAGAGGGUGUCCGUGCGGGAACUAAAGCAGCUGCAGUUGCAUGUGUUGCUAGUGCAAUUCCUACGUUGGUUGCUGUGCGGACAAUUCCUUGGGCAAAGGCAAAUCUCAAUUAUACUGCGCAAGCACUCAUCAUAUCUGCAGCUUCUAUUGCCGCAUACUUCAUUACUGCUGACAAGACAAUCUUGGAAUGCGCAAGGAGAAACACUCACUACGAUAAAUCUGCUUAAGACACUGGUCUGGAGAUCCUGAUAUGGUCGUUGGGAGGGUACACACUGGUGCUCCACUACUAUGUACUCUGUCCUAAAGGAUAUGGAUAUCUAUAUAAGUUUUAUGAAUUUCUUCAUCUUUGCACAAAUGUACUCAUUUCGAUUUGCAUCAUAUGUAUGAGUAAUCUUCCUCUUCCCUUUA